AUGACAGUCUACUACACUCUCACAUUUAUGCUCCUCGCGGCAGAGAUGGUGACCUUCUGCUUCCUUGUCGCACCGCUACCGUACGCGGUCAGGAAGCGUCUUUUCAGGUUCCUUUCAGAAAGCCCUCUCGUGGCGAAGCUGGCAUAUGGCGUCAAGAUCGCAUUCAUAUUCGUAGCGAUAUUGUUCGUGGAUGCGGUGCAGAGGAUGUGGCGGGUGACCGCGGAGAGCGACCUUGCAAGAAGCAGCGGGCAGGGAACGGCCGACAUGAGGUCAGAAACUAACUUGGCUGCUCGCAAGUUUUAUUCUCAACGCAACACGUAUCUGACCGGGUUCUGCUUGUUUCUUUCCCUCGUCCUCACUCGCACCUUUUACAUCAUCCUUGACCUCAUUCAUACUCAGGAGGAGUACGCCAAGCUGAAGCAGGAGACCGCCAAGAGCUCUCGCAGCCAACUUGCAGCACAAGACCAGACCAAGCAAAUCGAGGAGCUGAAGAAGAAACUUACCGCCAGCGAGGAGAAAGCUAAGGACUACGAGGUCGUAAAGAAGCAGGCGGAGCAGAAUGCCAAGGAGUACGACAGGCUUGCAUCCGAGUUCAACUUGAAGACAGGAGCCGUGUCUGACAAGCGCAAGGACUAG